AUGCGAACCACCGUGGAGGAAUCAUUGAGCACGAAAGAGCUCUCUAGCGUACUUGAGCUUGACGAUCCAGCAUGGCGGCCAUCAUGCAUCACAACCAACAAGACGACUGGAGAGAGAUGUGGGAAUCGUCCUGCUCGUAUGGCGCAUACACAAGCUGAGGAAGACGCCGGCACGACAUGUGAAGAGCUCCUCGACCAGCAACCAAUUGACGAGGCAUUGAUCGAGCUUGCUAAAUACUGCCUGUGCCGAGGAGGGAUGAAUGCUGCGGGCGAGACUCACCAGGACGAGGCCAGCAUCUUUGCGGAACAGUGGAAGGGCAAACUAAUCAAGCACGGAUAUGGUUACCUGAAGUCCAUCGGUCUCGUGGAGCUUACGGAACAAGCUGUUGACGGCAACAUUGAACCUGCACCAGAAGCCAUCGAUAAGUCUCGAGUGAGUCUCUUUGAGCCUCGUGACUAUGAGGAUCUCGUCAAUCAUCUUGCUAACACGAGCUCCCACGAUGGGCCUGUGUCUGUCAAACACGAGACGGUGCAGAUCACGCCUGUCAGACCAACACGAGCGCAGACCCGAGAACAUGACAAGGACGCAUCGUUUCAGUCGUUCAUUACCAGAAGUGUAACUCGAAAUAGUCCUGCGGAGACCAUGAGCUUACGAACCAGCUGGCAAUAUUCUGGCAAAGUACGCAAAGAAGUGCUUGAUCGUCUUGAUACACCUCCUAGUACCACAGAGUCGCCACAUGUAGGGACAGGAGCAGAGCCCUUGCAGCAGGAAUCUACAGAAUGUGAAGUACUCGAGGGCUCAGUAAAAAGCUUGCGCCAUCUGGUCCGUGGCAGGCCUUGUUAUGGUCCUAAUGCAGGAGUUGGGAAGUGGCAGUGUUCUGCGUGCACCAAGCAGAGUCGAAAGAGUUUCUGGGACUAG